AUGGCUGUGGCAGUCAGGACAUUUUCAAAAUUCACAGUGAGGAAUUGUGGAAAUUUAUUACGUUCUCAAGUUAGGUUCAAUUACACAGAGACUAGGAAGAAUUUAAAGAUUGAUUCCAAUACUAAGGUUAUAUGUCAAGGUUUUACUGGUAAACAAGGAACAUUUCAUAGUCAACAAGCCAUUGAUUAUGGCACUAAACUAGUGGGGGGUGUUAGUCCUAAAAAAGCUGGCCAAGAACAUCUUGGAAAGCCAGUCUUUAAAACUGUGAAGGAGGCAAAAGAAGCCACUGGUGCUACUGCAACAGUCAUUUAUGUACCACCACCAGCUGCAGCAGCAGCUAUUAUGGAGGCAAUAGAUGCUGAAAUGCCACUUAUUGUGUGUAUCACAGAAGGUAUUCCACAACAUGAUAUGGUGAAAGUCAAAAGGCGAUUGUUGGAGCAAAAUAAAUCUCGUCUGAUUGGGCCAAACUGUCCAGGAAUAAUAGCCCCAGAACAGUGUAAAAUAGGUAUCAUGCCAGGACAUAUACAUCAAAAAGGAAAAGUUGGUAUUGUAUCAAGGUCUGGAACUUUGACAUAUGAGGCUGUGAAUCAGACAACCCUUGCUGGUCUUGGGCAAACCCUCUGUGUUGGAAUUGGUGGAGAUCCAUUUAAUGGGACUGACUUCAUUGAUUGUUUAGAUGUAUUCCUCAGGGAUCCCGAUUGCGAUGGUAUUAUAAUGAUUGGUGAAAUUGGUGGAAGCGCAGAAGAAUCGGCCGCGGAAUAUCUCAUUGAAAAGAAUACUGGUGCCAAACCUAAACCAGUAGUCUCAUUCAUUGCCGGUAUUACUGCCCCACCUGGACGACGAAUGGGACAUGCUGGUGCAAUUAUUUCGGGAGGAAAAGGUGGCGCACAAGAUAAAAUCAAUGCACUCGAAAAGGCUGGUGUAAUAGUAACAAGGAGUCCCGCACAAAUGGGAAAUGAACUCUUGAAAGAAAUGACGCGUCUUGGUUUGGUCUGUAAUUAAGAAAACACAUGCCAUAUAAACAUACGUAGUGUGCCUCAUGUGCAUGUACCUUCAUAAAAUAAAUUGAAAGUAUAAGUAAUUCUGCGAUCAUCUAAAAAAUGAAACAAUAUAAUGCAGUAAAAUCGGCAAAUCUUUUUGCUUACUACGAAACAAUGACUGUGCUCAUUGCUGAACAAAAUUGCCUGACUAUUUCAUUCUUGGAGAUAAAACUUAAAGGAAGAAACAUGGACAUUUUUUUUUUUUAAAGAAUAUUAUUU